UGUUCGUAGCAGACACACAGUUUUCAUGUUUUAUUUUUACGGAAAUAUAUUGUAUUAACUUAAUUUUGUGAAGAAAUCUGAAAAAAAUUGUAUUGGUGUUGUAAGUAGUAAUAAUGUCAACAUUAGAAACAAUUUCACAUUCGUUAGAAAACAAACAAUUGGAGUUUGUAGCUGAAAAUCAUGUUAAAAAUAUGGAUUGCGUGGAUAAUGCAAAAGCAGAAAUCAAAGAUGAUCAAAAUCGUCCGGAAUGGUCCAAUAAAAUUGAAUUUCUGAUGUCAUGUAUCGCAAUGUCAGUUGGACUAGGAAAUGUCUGGCGAUUUCCCUUUACAGCGUACGAAAAUGGAGGCGGAGCUUUUUUGAUACCGUACCUCGUUGUACUCUUUAUUAUCGGUCGUCCUUUAUAUUAUUUAGAGAUGAUUCUAGGGCAAUUCACUCGACGCAGCUCCAUUAAAGUAUGGUCAAUAUCUCCGUUAUUCAAAGGUAUUGGUGUUGGCCAGCUUCUGGGUACGACUUCUGUGGUUAGUUACUACAUGGCAUUAAUAGCAAUAACUUUAUCGUAUCUAUUUGCAUCAUUCGCCUCGGAGUUACCAUGGGCAAAAUGCAAAAGCACCUGGGGACCUAAUUGUGUUGAUGCUUCAAAUACGGUUAAUGAUCUUGUGGACAGAAAUAGUUCCCUAGGUAGAAGCGUGAGCAGCUCUGAGAUUUAUUUCCUCAUUUUCCCACGUUGUUAAUUCAAUACUCUUUAAACAGCAAUAUGCUAAAUAUGCACCGGAUGCGUCUCGAAUAUUGAAUAACCUUGACAUGUACCUAUCAAUUGCCGGGGUACGCAUACGCAUUCACAUGUUACAAUCAUGAUGAGUAGAACAUGGUGUAACGGUUUGAUCAAAAAGUAAGCGCGGGCUAAGGUAGUGUUUUUUGCUUAGGGAGGGUGGAGACGAAGUAUCACUAUGCAACAAAAAGAAAAUUUUCCUUGUUUAUGUUUCCUUGAUCACUUGAAAAAGAAACGUCCCAGUUUGCAGUGUUUGACUUGAGAGUUGCUUUCGAAUAGCACAAAUAUUGAUAGCAAAGUAUGUAGCAUUGUUAGAUUUACAAUAUAAAUGCAUCUAAAUGAUAUAUUCAACGAACGACAAUUUUUUUUCAGAGGCUGUUUAUAAACAAACUUCUCAGCAAUCAAAUCUGUUUUCAAUAUGGCCGAUUCUGCAUUUGACAUACCGUUACACCAUGUCUCUAUACAUCAUGGUUACAACAGAGCAAACUGAGAAAAACGUAUUUC